AUGCCUUCGGCAGCCGUCGACGAUGGCUUCGAGGCUCUGCUGGAGCCCUUCUACAACGGCAAACGGCUCACGGAUCCCAUCAACACCAAGCAGGACAAGUACCAGCUGCUGCCCGCCUUCCUCAAGGUCAAGGGGCUGGUAAAGCAGCACAUCGACUCGUACAACUACUUUGUCGAGGAGGACAUCAAGAAGAUCGUCGAGGCCAACCGAGUGAUCCGAUGCGACCAGGAGCCCAGCUUCUGGCUCGAGUUCACCGACAUCCGCGUCGGCAAGCCCACGAGAAAUGAAAACUCGCAGCUCCAGUGGCAGAGCUCGACAACCGUGUCGCCCAUGGAGUGCCGUCUUCGCGAUGCUACCUAUGCCGCCCCCGUCGUUGUCGAUAUCGCCUACCCCAAGAACGGCGUCAGAAAUAUCCGCAAAAAUGUCCAGCUCUGCCGCAUCCCCGUCAUGCUCAAGAGCUCCAAGUGCUACCUCAACGGUGCCAAUAAUGCGAGGAUGGAGGAGCUCAACGAGUGUCCUCUGGAUCCGGGUGGCUACUUUAUUGUCGGCGGCACAGAAAAGGUCAUUUUGAUUCAGGAACAGCUCAGCAAGAACCGUGUGAUUGUGGAAAAGGACGACAAGGGUGGCGUGCAGGCCUCGGUCACCAGUUCUACCCACGAACGCAAGUCCAAGACCUACGUCGUUCUCAAGAAGGACCGCAUCCUUCUCACCCACAACAUUCUCGUCGAGGCGAUUCCCAUUGUGAUCGUUCUCAAGGCCCUCGGGGGACUGUCUGACUACGACAUCAUGGAGCUGGUGGCGGGAGGAGACUCCAGAUACCAAGAUGACUUUCUCAUCAACUUUGAGGACGCAGCAAAGGCUGGCGUCUACACGCAGCAACAGGCGCUGGAAUAUGUAGGUGCCAGAGUCAAGAUGGGUGGCCCGAAAAAGCCAAGCCCCAAGUUCUCUGCUGGACCACGGCGCAACCCCAUCGAGGAAGGCUUGGAUGCCCUCUCCAACCUGAUUGUGGCCCAUGUCACCGUCAAGGACCUGGACUUUUAUCCCAAGACCAUUUACAUCGCCAUGAUGGUGCGGCGCAUCCUGAUGGCCGUUCACAAUCCCGAGCUGGUCGACGACCGUGAUUUCGUCGGCAACAAGCGUUUGGAGUUGGCCGGCCAGCUGCUGUCUUUGCUAUUCGAGGAUCUGCUCAAAGGAUUUAUUGGGCAACUCAAGGCGAACAUGGAGCACUUUUUCAAGAGACCCAACCGCACGUCAGCUUAUGACCCCAUCGGUCCCAUCGGCUCUUAUGGUACAAUGAUCACCCAAGGGCUGAACCGGGCCAUUCAGAGCGGGAAUUGGACAGUCAAGCGUUUCGGUAUGAAUCGGGCCGGCGUCACACACGUUCUCAGUCGUCUGAGCUAUAUUGCUGCCCUCGGCAUGAUGACUAGAAUCAGCAGUCAGUUCGAAAAGACACGAAAGGUAUCGGGUCCCAGAGCCCUCCAGCCCUCGCAGUGGGGUAUGUUGUGCACAUCCGACACACCUGAAGGCGAGGCCUGUGGUCUGGUCAAGAACUUGGCGCUCAUGACACAUAUCACCACCGAGGCAGGAGAAGAAAAGGUCAAGAAGUGCGUCUCAACAUUGAUCGAGGGCAUCCGGCUUAUCGAGGAGUGCAGCGGCACAGAGAUGCAUGAAGAAAACGCCUUCAUCAUUCACGUAAACGGCACGCCGUAUGCUCUGACCCUUGACGCGGCGGCCUUCACCAAGAGGUUCAAGCAGUUCCGUCGCCGCGGCGUGCUGUCGGCCUUUAUUGGGAUUCACACCAGUCAUGCCACAGCCUCGAUCCACAUCGCCACCGAUGAAGGGCGCAUCUGUCGGCCAUACAUCAUUGUCGAGAACGGAAAGUCCAUGCUGGAGGCAGCACAUCUGGAUCUUCUCCGGCACAAGAAGGCCACAUUUGAGGACUUCUUGAAGAAGGGUGUGCUGGAAUAUCUGGAUGUGAAUGAGGAAAAUGACGCGCUGAUUGCCGUCCACGAGUCGGACAUCAACGACCAGACAACUCAUCUGGAAAUCGAGCCAUUCACCAUUCUGGGCGCAGUUGCGGGCCUCAUUCCGUUCCCUCACCACAACCAGUCGCCCCGUAACACCUACCAAUGCGCCAUGGGCAAGCAAGCGAUAGGCUUCAUCGCAUACAACCAGCAAAACCGCAUCGAUACUCUUCACUACACGCUCGUGUAUCCUCAACGACCCAUGGUCAUCACCAAGACCAUUCAACUCAUCCAUUACGACAAGCUCCCUGCUGGCCAAAACGCCACGGUUGUCGUCAUGUCGUACUCGGGGUACGAUAUUGAAGACGCCCUUGUGCUCAACAAGGCAUCCUGCGAUCGAGGAUUCGGUCGCUGCCAGGUGUUCAAGAAGUACACGACCGAGCUCCUACAGUACCCCAACCGAAACAAGGACCGACUUGGUGGCGUGCAACGCGAUGAAGACGGCAAGGCCAAGGAUCGACAUGCGGUGCUUGACAAUGAUGGUCUCGCUACUCCUGGAAUGAAAAUGAAGGACGGCGAUAUCAUGAUCAUGAAGGAGACCCCGGUCGACCAGACGUCAACAAACAUUGGUGAGGAUCGGAAAAUCACCGAGUUCCGUCCCUGUCCCAUCAGCUACAAGAUCAAGGAUCCAGCCAUUGUCGACAAGGUGGUCAUCACCACCAAGGAGAGCGGCACGCCGCUGCUGAAGGUCCGGACCAGACAAACACGCCGACCAGAGCUUGGUGACAAGUUUUCGUCUCGUCACGGCCAGAAGGGUGUUGUUGGUAUCAUUGUGGACCAAGAGGACCUGCCCUUCUCCGACAAGGGUCUGACGCCCGAUAUCAUCAUGAACCCCCACGGCUUCCCAUCGCGUAUGACUGUCGGCAAGUUGUUUGAGUGCUUGACCGGCAAGGCGUCCGUCGUGGCAGGAAGGCGGGAGUACGGCUUUGGUGAUGCCUUCCGGUCUCAUCCGGUGGAAGAGAUGGGCAAGGUGUUGAUCGAGCACGGCUUCUCGUGGGAGGGCAAGGAUUACUUCACAUCCGGCAUCACGGGCGAGCCCCACGAGGCCUAUCUUUUCAACGGGCCCAUCUUUUACCAGCGCCUCAAGCACAUGGUGGCAGACAAGAUGCACUCUCGCUCUCGCGGCCCGCGCGCGGUCCUCACACGUCAGCCCACCGAGGGUCGUUCGCGUGACGGUGGUUUGCGUUUGGGAGAAAUGGAGCGUGAUUGCCUGAUUGCCUACGGCGCCUCGCAGCUGUUGCUGGAACGGUUGAUGUACAGCUCUGACGUUACCAAGGUGGACGUCUGCGAGCGGUGUGGUCUGAUGGGCUACAAGGGGUACUGCCAGACUUGCAAGACGACGAGCAAUGUCACCAAGAUGAACAUGCCGUACGCUGCCAAGCUGCUGCUGCAGGAGCUGAUUUCUAUGAAUGUGGGGGUCAGGAUGCAGCUGGAGGACCAGUUUCCCCAUCCUCGGUGA